AUGGCCGAGGCCGAACGGGUGAAAGGAAGUAAAUCCCGGGAGAAAGGCUACGGCGUGGACGACAACGGCAAACACGAGGACGACGAUAGUGACGGUGAUGAGGACGAGAAUGACAACGCCGACGACAAGGAGACCGAGAAUGGAGCGGCGACGAGAACGAAGACGAAGGCGACGACGCCCCUCAAGAGCACAAGAGGAAACUGGGGGCAGAACCAGAGGAGCAGAGUCCCCACAAAUAGAGAUGGGGAAGCCGGCAUCAAGGAUUCUAGACGUGUUCAAGAAAGACACCUGGCAUUGUCGUCCCCUGUGCCACGCAACGAGGAGAAGAGGAGCAAAAAGGCGAGACUGAAAAGAAGGCAGAAGGGAGGUACAGAGGAGAUUACAAGGAAUAUAUUAGAAGAGAAUAAGGUCGAGAGGAAGAAGAAGAAGAAGGGGAGAGAUGAGAGGUCAAAAGGAAGGCGCAGUAGAAGGGAGACGUGUGUUGGUGGGGGGGGGCCCACACCUCCUUCUGCAGCGUCUUCAAAAGCCGCCGACGUCGCCAAGGGUAUCGCAGAUUGUGUCUUAGAUAUCUGGAAAGAGUCUGAGAUGAUCGACGGAUUGCUAAUGGCUCUCGAGGCCUCUAAAACCCUCUCGAAACAUGUGACAUGGAUGCGGGGUCGAGACCUGCACAUCCUCACAGUAGGCCUCAUCACCUACUCCGCCGACGAGAGAUUUCAGGACACUUUUUAA